CUGUGCAUGUGAGGUUGGAGAUCAGUUUGCAACAAGGGCUCUAUAUUUAGCUUUGAAGGGGAGAGGGUGACCCAGUCUGACUGCAACAAGUCACUCUCCCCCAGACCCUGACUUUUCACCUGCCUACUGUUUAUUCUCUAGUUUCUGUUUGAAGAGAAGGUGAGUUGAGACUGCUUCUUGUCCUGCAUGUUCGUUCCCUUCCUGGUUUUCUUCCUGUUUUACAUCCCAGCUCCCUCAUGACAGCCCAAUGGGACUUAGAGAAUGGCUCUCCUGCUUGGAAAUGGAGCUUUCAUCCGUGACCUACUAAGUCUGCAGCUCUGUGAUUAGUAAGGUUGCAGUCAGGGUUGAGCAUGUGCCAGUUGGAGGAGCCAGAGGCCAGACUGGGCCUGAACAGUUCUGACCCGCUGGUGAGAGAAGCUUUCCUGAUGGCCCAUGACUACAUAGACUAUGUAACCACAGGGGGGGCAGAUGGCACCAUGGGUCCUGCCCCCACAGUCUGCACCGCCGCCCUGCGCUAUGCAGGGGACGAGCUCCUGAAUCGCUUCCCCAUCUUCUUCCGGCGUUGGCCUCGCAUCUUCCAGGACGUGACGGAGAGCUCGGCCUGCUCCAUGCUCUCCAGCAUCCUGGACGAGCACUUCUUUCAUCCGUCCCCAGGGGGGCGUCGCAGAGAGCUGGCCUGGAGCGCGGUGCUGUCUGUGUAUGUGCUGGCUGGACAGAUGGCGCUGCACUGCCAUGAGAGGGGCUUGGUGGGGGUCCUGCCUGAGCUGAAGGAGAGUGUGGGGGAGUACGUGGAGAGGGUCAUCUGCCCUGACAUUCGAGAUAAGGGAGGAUGGGGUGGAUUUGUGUCCCGCUUUGGAAAGAAGCAGGGUCUAGAGAGCCAGGUGAAGAAGGUGUGCUGCUGGACACUGCUGGCUCUGGCUGUGAGCAUCCUCACCUACUGCGUGUGGAAGAGGAUGGUUUAGCCAACACUGCCCCCUUGUGGCCACACGCACAAACUGUCAGAUGAGGAGCUACAGCAGGAAAAUGGCUGCAGAGGCAGUCUGUGCACCAGACCAUAUCUGUAAAGGGUUUAUAAUUUCCCUGAUCUACCACAAAAAAAAUGUAUUAAACUGUAAUCAAGACUUUUAAAGCUGUUCCUGUAAACUCACGCUGUAAAAAUCAACUUGUUGGAGAUUAAGCUGAUUGAUCUGGAUUUCUUAGUUUCUGCUCUGAGCUCUUAAUCAAUUGUUCACUAAUCUUCACAGUCAAUCCAGAUUACUAAGAUUAAACAACCAUUAUUGGUUUAAGACCCCAUUUCCUGUUUUUGGUGCAACCACUCUGUCAAUUAUGUUCAGUCUGUUCACUGUAAGAGAUGAUUUUAAAGG